AUGCCCUCCGAUGGUUCCAAGCAGGAUAGGCAGAGCCUCAGUUACAUCGUCCGCUCAGGUGUUGCAGGCGGGAUCGCUGGCUGUGUCGCAAAAACCGCCGUCGCCCCGCUGGACAGAGUCAAAAUCCUCUUCCAGUCUUCCAACCCCGACUUCAGCAAGUACACUGGUUCUUGGAGCGGCGCGUAUAAAGCUGUAUCCCAGAUAUACACAGAGAAUGGCGUUCGCGGACUCCUCCAGGGCCACUCGGCCACCCUUCUCCGCAUCUUCCCGUACGCGGCCAUUAGAUUCAUGGCCUAUGACCAGCUAGAACCACUGUUCAUGCCGACUCGCGAGAGUCAAACUAAUGUGAGGCGCUUCACGGCUGGGGCUAUUUCCGGUAUGACGUCCGUUUUUUUCACCUACCCCCUUGAGCUCGUCCGUGUCCGGAUGGCGUACGCAACGCGAAGCUCCUCGUCCUCGGGCCCCGUCAAGCCCCCAUCCUUCGUCUCCGCCAUGCGUCAGAUAUACCGCGAAGGCCCCUCAUUAGUCCCAGGUACCAUAUCAGACCGUACCAAUCUUUUCAUGCGCUUCCCCAUCCUCAAGUUCUACCGCGGCUUCACGGCCACCAUCACCGGCAUGAUCCCGUACGCCGGCACAUCCUUCCUCACCUGGGGCUUUCUCCGCUCCCACUUCCUCCCCGUCUCCCCGGACGGCAAACGCACGAAGUCGACACCUGCAGCCGACCUGACGAUUGGUGCCGUGGCAGGUGCAGUCUCCCAGACGGUCUCCUACCCGUUCGAAGUCGUCCGGCGGCGCAUGCAAGUCGGCGGGCUCACCUCGCCCGACCGCUGGCUUCGCUGGGGCGAGACGGCGCACAAGAUCUGGACGGCGCGGGGUCCGCGAGGGUUCUAUGUAGGACUGACGAUCGGGUAUCUGAAGGUCGUGCCGAUGACGGCGGUGAGCUUCACGGUCUGGCAGUGGGCACGGCGGGUACUAGACUUGUAG